UCUUUUGAUAUUUGGAGUGGCUACAAAAAACUGAAAUUUCCACCACCCCAUUACAAUUCAAGUGCCUUUCUUUUUGGACCUUUGAAGUUUCUUUCUUGCUGAGCUCUGAAAAUCUUACAAAUAUACAAGCUUAAAUUGAAGUUUUCUUUUUUGGUUGUGGAUUUUAGUCUCUGAAUUGGAAAUUUUCCAUUGAAGUGAUGUUAUCAAGUGUUUUGAGCUAGAAAUGAUAGGAAAAAAAUUUGAUCUUUCUGCUUACUUAGUCUUCACAAAGUGGAAAAAAUUCACCAGUGUCUAGUAUAGAGAAAAGUGGCAUUUCUGAAAUUAGCUCAAGAAUGGAAAAACAACAGGGUUUUCGAAAUGGGGUGAUGGAAAAUGAGAAAAGUAUUAGGAUAGUAAUGGAUAGGCAAGUUAGUUUUGAUGUUGAGAAGAAAAGGGAUAAAGAAUCACCAGGGAAACGAGGGGAUUCGCCUUUUCAUCUUGCAGCUAGAGUAGGGAAUUUAGGAAAAGUGAAACAACUUAUUGAGAAAUUUGAUGGAAAAGGCAUCAGAAGUUUGCUAUCUUUGCAAAACCAACAGGGUGAGACUGCAUUAUAUGUUGCUGCUGAAAAUGGCCACACUUUAGUUGUUGCUGAGAUGUUGAAACAUUUGGACCUUCAAAUUGCUUCUCUUGUUGCAAAUAAUGGCUAUGAUGCUUUCCAAGUUGCUGCAAAGCAAGGUCAUAUUGAGGUAUUGAAGGAACUAUUGCAUUCAUUUCCAAACCUGAUUAUGGCGACAGAUUCAUCCAAUUCUACAGCCUUACAUACAGCAGCUGCUCAGGGACACACUGAUGUUGCAAAUCUGCUUCUGGAGAUUGAUUCGAACCUUGCUAAGAUAGCUCGGAACAAUGGGAAGACUGUGCUGCAUACAGCAGCAAGAAUGGGCCGCUUGGAAAUAGUUAAAUCUCUUCUGAGCAGAGAUCCUGAGAUUGGCCUUAGAACAGAUAGUAAAGGCCAAAGUGCCCUGCACAUGGCUGUAAAGGGACAAAAUGUUGACAUUGUGCGCGAAUUAAUCAAACCGAAUCCUGCAGUAUUAGCUUUGGAAGAUAACAAAGGAAACAGAGCUCUUCAUAUUGCAACAAAAAAGGGACGGGCACAGAUGGUACAGUGUCUGAUAUCAAGUGAAUGCAUCGAUCUGAAUGCCACUAAUAAAGCUGGAGAAACGGCUCUUGAUAUUGCAGAAAAGUUUGGAAUGCCAGAGCUUGUUUCCAUUUUGAAGGUGGCCGGAGCUACCCAUUCCAAAGAUCACGGAAAGCCUCCAAGUAAAGCUAAGCAACUCAAGCAGACUGUCAGUGAUAUAAGACAUGAUGUGCAGUCCCAACUCCAACAAAGUCGACAGACAGGCUUCAAAGUACGGAAAAUUGCAAAGAAGGUGAAGAAGCUCCACAUUAGUGGUCUCAACAAUGCCAUCAACAAUGCUACAGUGGUUGCUGUCCUUAUUGCUACCGUAGCUUUUGCUGCCAUCUUCACCGUGCCUGGUCAAUAUGUUGAAGAGAAAACAGAUGGUUUUUCGCUUGGUGAAGCGCAUGUAGCCGAGAAAGCAGCUUUCAUAAUCUUCUUCUUGUUUGAUAGUAUGGCCUUGUUUAUUUCCAUCGCGGUUGUUGUUGUCCAGACCUCUCUGGUUGUGAUUGAACCGAGAGCAAAGAAGCUACUCGUGUUUUGGAUAAACAGGCUCAUGUGGGCAGCUUGUCUCUUCAUCUCAGUUUCCUUUAUUUCGCUUUCUUAUGUGGUGGUCGGAUCUAAAGAAAGAUGGCUUGCUAUCUAUGCAACUGCGAUUGGUAGCAUCAUAAUGCUCACUACAAUUGGCUCCAUGUGCUACUGUGUGGUUCGACAUAGGCUAGAAGAGUCAAAGAUGAGAAGCAUAAGAAGUACUGGGACUCAUUCACAUUCGUAUGCAAUGUCUGUGGCAUCAGAUACAGAGCUUUACGCUGAAAACUACAAGAGGAUGUAUGCAGUAUAGGAACAGAUAAAAGUCACUAACCUUUUGCCUUUGGUUUCAAACCUGAAGCUCUGUGGAAGAAAAAGUACACGUCUAUACCAUGAAGUCUGAUAAACGUCUGUGCACGGCACCAGAUUCCAAAUGGUCAAAGCAUAUGAAGAAUUUAUGCUAGUUAGGAACAAAUAAGGGAAUGUUUCCAAUAGAGUAUAUUGCAGUAAUACGGGAAUUCUCUGAUUUGGUGUUCUUGCAACUACCGGAAUGUUGCAACCUGAGGCAAGUCUUGCUCAGAAGUUCAAGAUAAAGGCUCUAACAAAUCCUUCAGUUUUAUUUCCUUAACAUUUAGUAGUUCAAGGGCAAGUUAUCACGGAGUUUCCUGACUAUAUGGUAACAAGAAGGUUCAGAUGCCUGAUAUUGAUUUAUUUUCUCUAUGUACAACCAUUUUCUUAAUGAAAGUGUACAGACAGAAAAGCUAUUCUUUUAAUAUAAUUCAUUGUAGUUCUUCUCUCUUCAUAAAAUACCUGUUUUUCA